GGUGGAUCAUUAAAACAACCACCGUUGCCUUGUUCCUUCACCACAUAUCGCUUUUGUACAAUGGGAGGACAAAUUUGCAACACGAUGAGAUAAGCAAGAUUUUUGUAUCAGCACCCAAAUUAUGAGAGGUUCCUUGCAUUUGGCCCGGGGUAUAUCGCGACCCGGCGCGACCAGCCACGUUCUAUGGCCCCGCUCAUGUCUGGCCUCGAACCCUUCGAGUUCAGCCGCCGCGCCUCAUUACGAAACCGGCGGUAUUGAAGUUCAACCUUUCUUUGCAAGCCAGUUAUGGCACGGGGGUCCAGUAGUUGCGAGAAGUGGAUCGCGUCGUCAUUACAGCACCGAAAGGACUACCAGAAGCCCUGGAACCCUGCCUCCAUUCGCUUUUGCCUUUGACAUCGACGGCGUUCUACUUCAUGUAGCAAAGCCCAUACCAGGUGCAACCGAGUCACUCAAAUUACUACAGGAGAAGAAAAUCCCCUUCAUCCUGCUUACUAACGGCGGCGGCAAGCAUGAGGAGGACCGAGUCAUCGACCUGAGCUCCAAGCUCAACGUCGAGCUAUCUACGGAGAAUUUUGUGCAAUCCCACACGCCAUUCCAGGAACUUGCCCACGGCCCCAACGGGCUGAAAGACAAGAACAUCCUCGUCACGGGAUCCAACGCGGCCCAGUCGCGCGCCAUCGCUGAGCAGUACGGCUUCAAGAACGUCAUUACCCCGGCGGACAUCCUCAUGGCUCACCCUACCAUCUGGCCUUUCGAGCCCCUAAUGGAGGAGGUGUAUGCUAAGACGGCUCGUCCUCUGCCUACUUCGCAGCCCAAGAUCGACGCCAUUUUCGUUUUCAACGACCCGCGUGACUGGGCGCUGGACAUUCAGAUCAUCAGCGAUUUACUCAUGUCCCGAGACGGUGUCCUGGGGACUUAUUCCUCCAAAAACGGCAAACCGGACCUCCCAGAUUCGGGCUGGCAGGGAGACGGCCAGCCGCCUAUUUUCUUCUCAAACCCGGAUUUGUUUUGGAGUGCGAGUUAUCCCCAUCCGAGGUUCGGCCAGGGCGCCUUCCAAGCGGCCAUGUACGGCAUCUGGAGAGACAUCACCGGAGGUAAAGAGUUGAAGCGCACGGUAAUCGGCAAGCCAUACAGACAGACGUAUCAGUACGCCGAGCGUGUGCUAAACAACCAUCGCGCAAAACUGUUAGGGUCGGGAAUAGAAAAGCUGGGAGCCUUGAGUCGGGUCUACAUGGUGGGAGACAAUCCCGAGAGCGAUAUUCGCGGGGCUAACGACUUUGUCAGUCCCGAUGGGACGGACUGGACGUCGGUGCUCGUUAGGACGGGAGUGUGGAGCGCUGCGCGGGGUGAGCCGGCGCAUCCACCUAAGAUGAUUGUGGACGAUGUGGCUGCAGCUGUCAACUGGGCGUUGGAGCGAGAGGGUUGGAGGUAAAGCCAAUAGGUACCGGCGUUUACAGUGAAAUGGCUCCACAACUAUUGAUGUUGUUGUCGACCAGUAAGGCCGACGAAACCGGAACGUGUCAAUGCAUCAAAUUGCAAGCUAAAUGUCUACCAUGCGUUUUCAGCCGUCAAAUUUAUUGGCAAACUUCCGCCCGUUGACUUUACAAGGUAGCUUUCUGUUAGGGGCAUCAGGCGAAUGCAACGCCCGAGUGGUCGGGCCCUAGUAGGACAAGGAGGU